AUGUCAUUCGAUUCAAGUUACUUAUCAAAUAGCUCUGUUCAAAGUUCUUCACAUGGAUUGUUGACAAAGCCUCGAUCAGUGACUGCUUUGCAGAAAGUACCACAGAAAAUGAAUCCAUUUAAGUUCCCCGAUGUGUUUGAUGAUCAAAAGAUUUCUCGAAGGCCACAUUCAACUGAUAUUGUCAAAUCACUACAAGCAGUCAGUAGUGGCAGUAACAGUAAAAAAAGUGAUCGCAUGACACCAACAAUGCAACGUCCCUCAACUGUUUCAACAAUUAAGUCACCUUUUAUAACACCUAAUUCACAGUCAAUUAUAUUAUUUUGUAUGGAAAACGCACGAUCAGAUAUAGCAUUAAGAAUCGUCCAACGAAUGGCACACAAGCGUGAUGAUUUUGCGCAAUUUUAUGCAAAUUUAAGUAGUGAACAGUCUAAUGAGUUGGUUAUGGCUCUAAAAAAAUUUCUUAACGAUAUCGUCCAAAAUAUUACUAAUUUAGAAAAGAUCAGACAAAUAUCCAAUAAAUAUGGCACUGAGCAGGCGCAUAAGCGCAGUUGGGGUUUCAAAGCUGAUUUCUUUGCUGUUUUAGCUGAUGCGCUUGCAACCGAAUGUGUUUUUCUGGAUGGUGCUACUCAUCAGCCAACGGAAACAAUCGAAGCUUGGGCGUCGUUAGUUGAAAUAAUGUUUACAAAUGUACGUGAUGGCUAUUAUAUGGAGACUCGAAUGCUACGCCACAAUUGGCACAAUUUUCAUAGUCAAUCAAAUCUAAGUAGUCAAUCGGAUCAAAGUCUCGAUGGUGAUUCACUCCAAUCGCUACCUUCACUAAAUCAUAUGUUCACAACAGCAUAA